AUGGACCUGCUCCUGCUCGACGUCACGCCGCUGUCCCUCGGCCUGGAGACCGCCGGCGGCGUGAUGACGACGCUCAUCCCGCGGAACACCACCAUCCCGACCAAGAAGGAGCAGAUAUUCUCCACCUACUCGAACAACCAGCCGGGCGUCCUGAUCCAGGUGUUCGAGGGCGAGCGCGCGCGGACCAAGGACAACAACCUGCUGGGCAAGUUCGAGCUGUCCGGCAUCCCCCCGGCCCCCCGCGGCGUGCCCCAGAUCACCGUCUGCUUCGACAUCGACGCCAACGGCAUCCUGAACGUGUCGGCCGAGGACAAGACCGCCGGCGUGAAGAACAAGAUCACCAUCACCAACGACAAGGGGCGGCUGAGCAAGGAGGACAUCGAGAAGAUGGUGCAGGAGGCGGAGCGGUACAAGGCCGAGGACGAGGAGCUGAAGAAGAAGGUGGAGGCCAAGAACGCGCUGGAGAACUACGCCUACAACAUGAGGAACACCGUCAAGGACGACAAGAUCGCGUCCAAGCUCCCCGCCGACGACAAGAAGAAGAUCGAGGACGCCAUCGACGGCGCCAUCAGCUGGCUCGACACCAACCAGCUCGCGGAGGCGGACGAGUUCGAGGACAAGAUGAAGGAACUGGAGGGCGUCUGCAACCCCAUCAUCGCCAAGAUGUACCAGGGCGCUGGCGCCGACAUGGGAGGCAUGGGCGGUGCCGCCGGCAUGGAUGAGGAUGCGCCGGCCGGGGGAAGCGGUGCGGGGCCCAAGAUCGAGGAGGUCGAUUAA